AUUUAUUACCACCAUAUCGUACACCAAUAUCCUCUCCAACGGCGCCAUCAUCACUGCCACUCCGUCACCAGUGAGUGCGAGCAACUAGCUCCGUCUCCGUGAGAUGCAACCAGCUGCGGCGCCGGCAAUGCCGUCCAUCCUGCUGCUGCUCGCCCUGCUCGCGGCCACGGCCGUGGGCGCCGGAGCUGGGAGGACGCCGACGCUGGUGUUCAUCCUGGCGGGCCAGUCCAACAUGGGCGGCCGGGGCGGUGCCACCCUCAACAACCGCUGGGACGGCGUGGUGCCGCGGGAGUGCGCCCCCUCGCCGCGCACGCUCCGCCUCUCCCCCGCCCUGCGCUGGGAGGAGGCCCGGGAGCCGCUGCACUCCGGCAUCGACGUGGGCAACGUGCUGGGGGUCGGCCCGGGCAUGCCGUUCGCGCACGCGCUGCUCCGCGCCCCGGCGUGCCCCAAGGGCGCCGUCGUGGGCCUCGUCCCCUGCGCGCAGGGCGGCACCCCCAUCGCCAACUGGUCCCGCGGCUCCCACCUCUACGACCGCAUGCUCACCCGCGCCCGCGCCGCCGUCGCCGGGGCCAAUGGCAAGGGCAGGAUCGCGGCCAUGCUCUGGUUCCAGGGCGAGACCGACACCAUCCGGCGCGAGGACGCGCUGGCCUACACGGGGCGGAUGGAGGCUCUGAUCCGGGAUGUCCGGCGGGACCUCGGCAUUCCAAACCUCCUCGUCAUCCAGGUCGGGAUCGCGACGGGGCAGGGCAAGUUCGUGGAUCUGGUGCGGAAGGCGCAGCGGGCGGUGCGGGCGCCCAACCUCAGGUACGUGGACGCCAUGGGCCUCCCCGUCGCCAACGACUUCACGCACCUCACCACCGCGGCGCAGGUCCGGCUCGGCAAGAUGCUCGCCGACGCCUACGUCGCCACGCUCCACUGAUCGAUGAUCCAGUGACCAUGAUUGCUUACUAGUGCGUGUGCCUGCCUGAUUACUACUAAUAAGCACCUGGAUUAUUGUUUAGUUUGAUUGAUACUAGGCCAUACCAUCAUUGGAGAGUUUGCUGAUGAUUAGUGUGAUGGAUGACAGAUUAAGUGGCUAAUGAAUGAUUCUGCUUAAUUUA